CGGGUUACGCGCGGUGCUGAGUCGGCGGCGGGGCGGAGGUGCCGGCUGGGACUCCGGGCUCCGGGCUCGGGCUCCGGCUCGCGGCGCGGCCCCCGCAGGCAGCGUGGCUGGGCGCACCGCGGCGACCCCGCUCCUCCGCCGGCUCCGUCAUGCAGGGCCCUGCGGGGAACGCGAGUCGCGGGCUGCCGGGCGGGUCCUCCACCGCCGCGUCCGGGGCGGGCCGCUGCGAGAGCGGCGCGCUCAUGCACAGUUUCGGCAUCUUCCUGCAGGGGCUGCUCGGCGUCGUGGCCUUCAGCACGUUGAUGCUCAAACGCUUCCGAGAACCAAAGCAUGAAAGACGUCCGUGGAGGAUAUGGUUUCUAGACACUUCCAAACAAGCCAUAGGAAUGCUGUUCAUCCACUUUGCCAAUGUGUACCUAGCGGAUCUCACCGAAGAGGACCCUUGCUCACUGUACCUCAUCAACUUCCUCCUGGAUGCCACCGUGGGCAUGCUGCUCAUCUACCUGGGGGUGCGUGCCGUCAGCGUCCUGGUGGAGUGGCAGCAGUGGGAGUCCCUGCGCUUUGGCGAAUAUGGAGACCCUCUGCAGUGCGGAGCCUGGGUCGGCCAGUGUGCGCUGUACAUCGUGAUCAUGAUGUUUGAAAAAGCUGUUGUCUUCUUCAUCCUCCUGAUACUUCAGUGGAAAAAGGUGGCCCUGUUGAAUCCCAUUGAAAACCCAGACCUGAAGCUGGCCAUCGUCAUGCUGAUCGUCCCCUUCUUUGUCAAUGCUUUGAUGUUCUGGGUAGUGGACAAUUUCCUCAUGAGAAAGGGGAGGACGAAAGCUAAACUGGAGGAAAGGGGAGCCAACCAGGACUCGAGGAAUGGGAGCAAGGUCCGCUACCGAAGGGCCGCAUCCCACGAGGAGUCGGAGUCGGAGAUCCUGAUCUCGGCCGAUGACGAGAUGGAGGAGUCCGACGUGGAGGAGGACCUCUGCAGACUGACGCCCCUGAGGCCUGCGAAGAAGAAGAAGCACCGCUUCGGGCUGCCUGUAUGACGCAUCCUGUGCGGGUCAGGUCUGGGGGCCGGCUGCUCUGCAGCCUCCCUCCUCCCCUCCUCUCUCCCUCCUCUUCUACCUCCGUCCUCGCGCUCUGCCCACUCCCAGCGACCGGACCGUGACUGGAGAGAGGGAGGAAGAGCCGGCGCCGAGCGGGUCGCGGCUGUUGGAGGUCCCCACUCAGUUGCACUACAAACACUGACCAAAUAUGCAAGCCAGGCGUUUUCUUCCUUUGUUGUCGUCCGACGAUGUUGUGAGGGACCCCGGAGCCCUGUCGGGUGUCCGGCGGGGUGGCCAUGAGGAAAAAGCUCACGCGCACACAGACUGGGUAGAGCCCCUCCCCAGGGCCGGGGAGUGAAGACAUAACAGGUUUGGGGCUAAAAGUCACGCAUUGACGGAGUUGGAACCGCAGUGCUUUCUUACUCAAAAUGGAUUUUAUAACUCUUGAUUUCUAAAGCCGGUUUUACGAGAUGUCACAGUGUUCAUGUUUUUUGAGUAUGUGUUUAUUUCCUAUGGGACUAAUGGGCAAAACUUAGAUUUUUAAGUCUUCCGUA